CUAGGGCCCGCCCAUGUUGGGGGCUGAGGCAGCGGCAGCGGCGGCGGAGCCCGGACCCGACCGGACCGAGCUGAUCCCACGUGUGACGGGCUCCCUCUCGCCUGCCUCUCCACUCUCUCGGAGCGGCGCUGAUCUCUUCAUUUUUCCGGGGGGCUCUGUGCGUGGUUCUAUGUGUGUGUGUCUUGAUUAGUUGCUAGAUAAUGGAGGCAGACGGCAGUCAAGCCACCUCUGGCAGUCCCACCGACUCACAACAUGACCCAGGUAAAAUGUUCAUCGGCGGCCUAAGCUGGCAGACCUCACCAGACAGCCUUAGGGACUAUUUCAGCAAAUUUGGCGAGAUCAGAGAGUGUAUGGUAAUGCGAGACCCGACCACGAAGCGAUCCAGAGGCUUCGGUUUCGUUACGUUUGCCGAUUCUGCAAGUGUAGAUAAAGUAUUAGCUCAGCCCCAUCACGAACUAGAUUCAAAGACGAUUGACCCAAAGGUUGCAUUUCCUCGAAGAACACAACCCAAGAUGGUCACUCGAACUUUGAGGUUGGAAUUGCAGUAUAGUUAAAAGAAAUUGGGACAU